CAGCCACGUUUUUCUCUCCUUUUCUGUUUUUUUUUUCUUUUUUCAUGCACAUAACUACAGUGUUAUGCAUUGCUCAUGCUUAAAUUCACAUUCAUCUGUAAUUCCAUCAUAUACGGCCACCUGCACCUCCGAUGGACAGACAAACGAAGAAGAAGGCGUCGUACGCGUUCGGUGUUCCUGGCCAGUGCCUCCUGUCCUGGCUGAGGGUGCUUUCGAGUUGCUGUCUUAUUCGGAGGAAGCGUCAGCAGUACAACAUUCAAUAUGUCGGAAGAGGAAUCCGAUUCUGGUACUGAAACAAGCAGCAAUGGUGAGGAUGCGGAAAGUGAUAAGGAACAGAAGGAAGGCAAGAAAGGAGGUGGUGAAAGCUCUGCGGAGAACGACAGUAAUGAAGGCAAGAAAAACAAGGAUGAGAAAGAAAAGAAAGCAACUGACAAGGGUGAUACUGCGGAUGCUCAUAAUAAGGAGGAGAAUGGGGGCAGAGGUGGGGAGGCUGGUAAAGGGGACGACAAGAAGAAAAGCACGAAGGACGACAAGGAAGCACAGGGUAAAGGAAAAGAUGGCGACAAGGACAGUAAAGACAAGGAGCCUGAACCUGCUGUAGGAUCUACUGUUGCCCUACAAGAAGGUUCAGGUUAUUGCAGUAACUUUGUGUCUCGCAUCCUGUCUAAACUAGGUGUCUUUGUAUUACCCUGGCUCUACUGCCUAAUUAUGUAUGUGAUCAGUCGUUACAUGUCUCGUGAAGACGAACUAUGCCUCAAUAAUAGCUGUAAGACGGCUUCAUCCUAUGUCAGGGCAUCGAUAAAUACGUCUCUCAACCCCUGCGAUAACUUCUACGAUUAUGUUUGUCAGGGCUGGAUGAAGAACUUCCAAAAUGAUAUCGAUUCUGCCACCAGCAUGCUAACUUUCCCGCUUUACUUUAAUUCGUCGGAUAACGCGUCGGGAAAUGUGGCCAAAGCUCUUAGAACUCUGAAACACUGCCAGGACGCUUUUGGCGCAGUCGACGAUUCCAGUGCUGACGAUCUUCUACAGUUUCUGCAUAACAACCUAAACCUGCUGUGGCCCCAAAGAACUGAGGGAGGUCCACAGGCAGUCAUCGACCUCGUAGUCUACCUACAAAUGACUUAUGACAUCAGUCCUUUUUUUGACAUGCUGUUCAGUAGCGGAAUGGCACAACUUACAAUAGAUGUGAACCGGCGAUACCGUCCCUGGUACACUCACUACAGUAGGACAAGAGGCAAGGAAUUCCGGAAGGCACUCAUUACCAAAGUCGUCGCGAGUAUGAGCACCACACCCUAUCCGAAUCUGGUGGCCAACAUCAUAGCCGUAGAAGACAGCAUUUCGUCUAUCGAUAGCAACGUGGACGACACCUUCCAAACGCUGAAAGUGAGGGUUCUGGCUCACAGUGAGUUCAACCACACGUGGCCUCUUGUGAGCGCCAUUUGGAGGCUCUGUAAGUCGCGUCAGAGACGAAUUCUUCUCAAGCGAACGAGAGCUCUGCUCAUUGCAACGGAGAAACUGGAGUCGCUUCUCACCCUUUUGCAAGACGCUUCUAUGACAGAAGCUAUUCUCGACUUCAUUGGCUGGAUUACUGUUGAGAUUCUGGGUCGCCGACUGUCGCCGACCGUUCGCCGAGCUAUACAGCAGACGUGCACGGAAUUCAAAGUCGACCCCGUGACUAAGCACGUUAUUCGGGAAGACUCGUGCUAUCGAGAAGUGUAUCGCUUAUUUGCUUUAGUUCUGGACCGCAAUACAUAUCAUACCUCCAACCAUACUGCUUUGGCGCGGUUCGAGAGCAUAUUCCAUAAUCUUCAGUCUCGCAUCGCCCUGCUCUUAGACGAUACCGGUUGGGUUGACACCAUCACAAAAGGGGGAAUGGUGAGAGCUCUAAAUAAUUUUGGAACUCAAGUUGGAAUGCUUAAAAAGUAUCGCUUCAAGGGUGUUGAGACUCGAUACUCCAAGUUGAAACCAGUCGACGAAAGUAAUUCCUUCUUGAAGAAUUUUCUCUUGAUCGCACGUUCGCUGAGUUCGUACCUGCUUUCUGUCUCCUUUCAAGAUACUUAUCCUAGAGAUUACUGGACCGUGAUAGCUAAGGUGCGCUACUUGGAAACUGUGAAUACCAUAUUUGUUCCCUUGUCGACGGUGAAGUCUAAACUGCACGGAGAUGACCCCGUGCCAUUAUCCUUGCUGUAUGGAAGCACAGUGCUGCAGAUGGCAGUGGCUACCUUCAAUGAAGGCUACUUGGGCUACACUGGUAUCAUGGAGACCGCCUGGUCUUCGGUAACGCAACACAGAUUUGACGUCUUCAUGAGCUGCUUCAGGAAUAACUUCGACAGCAGGGGCCCUAUACCGGACAACCCGACAGCAUACUACAUCCGGCUGCUGGCGCUGCGAACAGUAUUCCACAUGUAUCGUCUGGCCGUCCAGCGUCAGAAGGGGGACACCGUUUUGCUCACGUCCAAUGACCCGCUCAAGAGGUUGUCUGCCCAUCAGCUCUUUUUUGUCACAACCUGCUUGAACUUGUGCACCCGUGAUGAGGAAAAUAUGGACCAGUUUAGCCGCCUCUGCAACCUGCCAAUGCGUCGAAUUAAGUCCUUCAGUACGUCGUUCUUCUGUGAUUCCAUUGAUAUGUUGGCAAUUGCACCGUUCAAUUGUACUCCUCUGCGUCUGGCGCAGGACUAUUACCGCACCAAUAAAACUAUAUUCUAAAACU